AGAGCCCUGAACUGAUGGAAACCACAGACUCUACACUGUUGACAGAGGAAGGAUCAAAUCCUGUUUCUCAGCUGGCGCGGCGGGUUCAGGGCGCUGGGGCCAAAGGCUGGAAGACCAUGUCAUCCUUGUUCACCCGGGAGGAUGAACAUAAGCUACUCACUUCUGAACCUUGUGCUGAUCACCCUCUAGCAGCAAAACCGGCGGAAGAAUCUGCUUCGGAGAAGAAGGCCUCUGGCCUUUGGGAUGUGUUUGCCACCAAAUGGCAGCAGAUGCCAGCCCUGGAGAAGAUGGCUGCCAUGGGUGACACCGGAGAGAGAACGACUGAGGGUGGCGGCGACGGCGAAGCCUCGGGAGAAACAGCCGCCGAGGAAGCCAGCAACACCAGCCGGGACGAUGACCUCCGAGAGGCUGAAGGAGUGGCCUUCCGAUGGAGCUUCUUGACCAGCAAACUGGCUGAGAUGAAGAACAGAAGUGCCCCAAAGAGCAACUAGGAUAAGAUGGGGAACGGAUGGACUCUUGAUUGAGACAGGAGCUUUUUCUGGCUGGGGCAGAGACUUCAAUCUUUUCCAACACCUCUCCAACAGAACCGCUGGGCAUGACGCAAAGGGUCCACUGCCGGAUUCCGAUGUUGUUAACUAGAAGAACAGCACACUGCCCUCCUCUCUGAAGUGUGUCUUGUGUCUCGGAUAGUACCCAUUCCCCUUCAUUUUGUUUUCCCUCUUUUCUUU